UUCCUCGGGCUCGGGGCGCGUCGCAGCGGCCGCUGGAGAGGAGGCGCCCCGCCGCCCGCCCGCCCGCCGCGUCCUCUGCAGCUCGUCGGCGCCCGGCCGGAGCCCGGCGCCCGGCCGCCCCGUCGCGCUCGGCCCCGAGGGCAUGCGGCAGCCGCGGGGGCCCCGGCUCCCGGGCUCGACGGCGCGGGCGAGCGUGAGCGGAUGUUUGGUUCUUCUCCACGAUGAAUGAGUGUCACUAUGACAAGCAGAUGGACUUUUUUUAUAAUAGGAGCAACACCGACACUGCCGAUGAGUGGACAGGAACGAAGCUCGUGAUUGUUUUGUGUGUUGGGACGUUUUUCUGCCUGUUUAUUUUUUUUUCCAAUUCUCUAGUCAUCGCAGCAGUGAUCAAAAACAGAAAGUUUCACUUCCCGUUCUACUACCUGUUGGCUAACUUAGCUGCCGCAGACUUCUUUGCUGGAAUAGCCUAUGUAUUCCUGAUGUUUAACACAGGCCCAGUUUCCAAAACUUUGUCUGUCAACCGCUGGUUCCUCCGCCAGGGACUCCUGGACAGUAGCUUGACCGCCUCCCUGACCAAUUUGCUGGUGAUCGCAGUGGAGAGGCACAUGUCCAUCAUGAGGAUGCGGGUCCACAGCAACCUGACCAAGAAGAGGGUGACGCUGCUCAUUCUGCUGAUCUGGGCCAUCGCCAUCUUUAUGGGGGCAGUCCCCACGCUGGGCUGGAAUUGCCUCUGCAACAUCUCAGCCUGCUCUUCCCUGGCCCCCAUUUACAGCAGGAGUUACCUCGUUUUCUGGACCGUGUCCAACCUCGUGGCCUUCUUCAUCAUGGUGGUGGUAUACCUGCGUAUUUACAUGUAUGUCAAGAGGAAAACCAAUGUCCUGUCUCCACACACGAGUGGGUCCAUCAGCCGCCGGAGGGCACCCAUGAAGCUGAUGAAGACAGUGAUGACUGUCUUAGGAGCCUUCGUGGUGUGCUGGACCCCCGGCCUUGUGGUGCUGCUGCUGGACGGCCUGAACUGCACGCAGUGCGGCGUGCAGCACGUGAAGCGCUGGUUCCUGCUGCUGGCGCUGCUCAACUCCGUGGUGAACCCCAUCAUCUACUCCUACAAGGACGAGGACAUGUACAGCACCAUGAAGAAGAUGGUCUGCUGCUUCUCGCAGGAGAAGAGCCUGGAGAGGCGCCCGUCCCGCGUGCCCUCCACGGUGCUCAGCAGGAGCGACACGGGCAGCCAGUACACGGAAGAUAGUGUUAGCCAGGGCCCCGUCUGCAGUAAGAGCAGCUCCUGAGCUGGGGGCGCCUCUCUGCCCGCCGCGUCUCCUCUGGGGGUGUAGUAGAGAAUGGAGGGCUACCUGUCUCCCGUGAAGCACAGGCACAGUGUUAUUUGAGGUCUGAAUGAAUCACUGCUAGGGUUGGUUUUUUUCCCAUACUCUAAAAGCCUGGGCAGUAAAGAGAUGACACGAUACAUUUAGAAAGAGGGGACAGCGUAGUGGGGUCCUGCUUGCUGUGCUGGGAACUGGCACAGCCCCUCCAGCCCAGGCACCUUUGGGGCUGGCCCCCUUCUUGGAGCCAUUCUCUGUGUUUCUAAAGGAUGUUGUUAAAGGGCUUAGGCCAAAAUAAAUAAUUAAUAAUGUUACUUGAGCCACCUUAAGUAGCUGCUUGGAAACCCUGUAUAGUUUUCUCCGCAUGCAUUUGACAUUUCUAGAAAUGCUUCCCUAACAAUAGUUUUAUCCUCCAAGAAACUAUGGCCAGUAGCUAGGUGUUCAAUAGGAACCUAAGGACAAAUCAGCGAGGGCUCCAGAUUGAACUUAACUUUGUAACUGAAAAAAACAUUCUGAGGAAAGCCACUUAACAAUAAUAACAAAGGCGCUGGCCCCAUAUACCAAGGGUGGCGGGUUCAAACCCAGACCCGGCUGAACUGCAACCAAAAAAUAGCCGGGCGUUGUGGUGGGCGCCUGUAGUCCCAGCUGCUCGGAGGCUGAGGCAGGAAAAUCGCUGAAGCCCAAGAGCUAGAGGUUGCUGUGAGUCCUGUGACAUCAUGGCACUCUACUGAAGGCAGUAAAGUGAGACUCUGUCUCUACAAAAAAAAAAAGAAGAAUAACAAAAAAGGUAAACAUUCAAAACCUCAUUUGAAGUGAAAGAAAGCCUUGAUGUGGUCCUCUAAGCCUGCACACGUGUGUAUACUUGUACAGUUUAACUUUGUAUUUGGAGACUGCAAGGACAGUCAUGGUAAAGCCAAGCCACUGGCCAUCUCGACUUUCCAGUCUAGGACUAUCGCUGUAGAAGUGACCUGUUGUGCUCUAAGACAAUAGAGAAAGAGGCAGUCCCUUGAAAAUAGACAUUUUUAUACAGCAGGGCGGGAGGCCUAUCCAUAGCAGGCCGAUGCCUUUCAUUAGCACCAAAGAUGAAGCUGGACUCCUGCUCGUAUUUUCAGGUACCUCCACACCACUGAUGAGAUGUCAGAUUUAGUGUGUGAGAUCAUCUCACAUCUCAUUUUGCCCCAGCUUUUCAAUAUACUGCUGGUACUUGUUUUACUUGUGAACUGAAUUUUGAUCUGGGUUCUAUUUUGAACUUAUCUCCUUCAAAGACCCAAUUGGCAGCAUGGAAAGCAAAUCGGCAGAAAAGAAAAAUAAUGUUUCAUACACAUAGGUUACUGACCAAAGUUUUCUAUGUAAAGCACUUAGAAUAUAUUCUGAUUUAAGAUAAGAAUAACUUUAAGGCGGAUAUUAUAGUAUUUAUGUAGUUUGCAAAAAAGGUUUACAUUUUUUUGCUAUUGUGAUGUAACAUUUAUGUGCAAGAACUACUUGUAAUAAAAGGAUUUGAGAAGUCAUGCUUUUAGAUAUAAUAGCCUAAAAUAGAGAGUAUUGUGAUUUGAAAGUGCAGAUUUCACAAACUCUGUGUAGUAAGUGGGUCUAUCUGACACUUAUAUCAAAGCUCCCUACAAAAUAAAAUGUUAAAAGAUC